UUCGGUUCAGUAAACUUUUUUCAGCCCUUUGGAGUUUGCUCGAGGCUAGCGCCGGCGCCGUCACCUUGCCGGAAAUUCAAGAAUAGCAAGUGAAUAAAAGCAAUUUUCAGUUUCGGUGUGCCCAAAGAAGUUGUUCUGCAAGUCAGAAUGGCCAAGCGUGAACUAUCCGGUACCUUGAGGAACUUGAAGUUUAUGCAAAGGGCUUCUCUCAGAGAGGAAAAACCUAAGAAGGAAGAAGAAGUGGUACCUGAUGGAAACUUCCCCUCCUCUAGUGCUCCCAAAAGAUGUGUUAUCAUUAUGGAAGGAAAUCCGCACCCUGGGGCUAUAAAAGGUCGGAUGUCUUUUCAAGGUUUUAAUCCUUCUAUUGAUAAAUUGAGUGAAGAAGCUUCAAAACCACGCCCUGAAGGUUCUGCUGCUGCUGCUGCUUGUUCUUCGGAGACAAGUGAACGGAUUACUAAAAGAGAAAAUGGUACAUCACAAUAUGGGUUGGAGAACUCUGAUCUGGACGACUCUUAUGACGACCCUAACGAAGAUCUUAAAUGGAAACAAGACAAUACAUCCUCUGAUGCACAGUAUUCAAACAAAUCACAUAAGAGAGUCCUGAACGAUCCAGCCUCAUCACCUAGUAGUAGCCAGAGAUCCAAAAUGCCACAUAGACUUGACUGGAGUGUUCUCAAACCUCCGAAGUCGCAAAAGAGAAGACGGUAAGUGUAACUUAAAGGUGAUUUUGUGUACUGAGUUAGAAAAAAUUCUGUAUUUUCAAUUUAUGUUGUGUAAUGGUAACAUAAUUAUAUUUUCUCAUUUGGAGUUACUUUGUAUCAAUUAUAUUAGCCUCUUUUACU